AUGGAAAAUAACAAUAUAUACCUGCCGGCGACCUAUUAUAUCCCGCCACCUCCACCUCAAGAAUAUCACCAGCAUGUCCCACAUCAUGCGUAUCAAGCAGGCGCACCUACCUGGCAGCCACUAAAUUACCAGCCUUUGCCCCAAUUCCAGCAACACCCGCCUGCUAACCCAAUUCCAUGGAGAAAAGGUGAAUAUAACAGGCAGAACCACAAGACCAACAUUGACAUAUAUGCUUUAGUGGAUUCCUGGCGUUCCUAUAAAGAUGACGCUUCAAAUCUACAGACCGCAACCAGUACAUCCGGAGCAUUGAAUGCCCAUGCAGCCCCGUUUCAGCCGAAUUACAGUACCGCGGGCCCGACCAACCCAAAGUUCAAACCCUAUGAGCCACUGAGCUAUCGAGUUGACAAAGCGUAUAGAGUAUCCAACGGCAUCGCAGAGCGCAAGAUGGUUCAAGAUGCAGCACCUGCUCCAGCUCCAGCACUAUCGAAGAAACAGAAGAAAAAGAAGAAGCUGGUGGAAUCAGCAGUGCAACCAACCACUGAAUUUAGUAACAGAUAUCCUGUCAGAUCGACGCGUGGCACUCAACCAGACCAGCCUGUUCCGUCGAUCGAAGCCAUCGACGACCCAUAUCUAGCACACAUCCGCCAGUCUCUUGACUCGUUCGAGAAUCGUCGUCACGCCAGUCCACGGAAGUCCAGGACGAAAUCCCCAGAACCACCAACGACCGAUCCUGCCUACAUCGCCAAAGCCUCCAAAGAGCCAAUUCUGGUUGACGAACCCAGAAAGUUAUUGGUAGUCUUGGACCUCAAUGGCACUCUUCUUUACCGUAACAGACGUGCUGUAGGUCAAAAGUGUUAUAUGCGUCCUGGAGUUGCCCCUUUCAUCGACUACCUCUUUGAUAAUCAUGUUGUCAUGAUCUAUACUUCAGCAAAACCUGAUUCUGCUGCCUCGAUGGUCAGUCAAUUCCUACAUCCUACUUAUCGCAACAAGCUCGCUGCCUUGUGGGCGCGCGACAAACUCGACUUGACUACUUCACAAUAUAACAACAAAGUUCAGGUUUACAAAAAGCUCGGUAAAGUCUGGAACGAUAUAAGCAUUCAAACCACAGCGGGUCCAGGCCAUCGCUGGGAUCAAUCAAACACGGUUCUUAUCGAUGACAGCAAGCUCAAGGCUCUUGCUCAACCUCACAACCUACUUCAGGUCCCUGAAUAUGAUGCAACCCUGAACCCUGAAAAAGGCACUACAAAGGAAGAGCAGCAGCACAUGUUCAAGAGCCAGCAAGAUCUUGUUCAACAGCUACAAUCAAAGUUGGAGGUGCUAAAAUAUCAAGCUGAUGUCAGCAGACUCAUUCGCAGAUGGCAAGAUGGAACGAUAGCAGUCCCAUCCGUGCCUGGCCAGGAGGUCAGCGUGGAAGAAACAGUCGAUCAGAAGGAUGUGCAAGAGAAACGGGCUGACAACCAACAUUACGUCAAAGAUGUGCAAGCUCAUCUUCCAACACCUGACAGCCUCGAAGACCAGGAUGAUAGUGGAGUCGGUCUAGAGUCUAACCAGGAUACAGGAGACCAAAUUCGCAGUGAAAGCCCGAUUGACGAAAGCGUGUUCAGAGAAUUGUUAGAAGGAGGUGGAAAGGCAUAG